UAAAAUUUUAUGUUUCAUAAAAUGUUUUAUAUGCAAGCUUUUUACAUUGUUAAUGUCAAGUCAAUUAAAUUUUGUAGUUAUCAUUAGUAUGCUGUAUUAAGGUCGGGUUCAAUUUUAAUCGGGAUCGAGUUCCCAAUAUUUAAAUCCGGUGGAAACAUGAGGUUAUGGUAAUUUUAAUCUGAGCUACAAUGUGAAGAAUUGUUUCAUAUAAUUAUCAAAGAAUUGGUUGUAUUGACAUAUCAGUGAUAUCAUUUAACUGCGUAAACAAAAUUAGACAUUUUGAUAGUGAGUCGGGUGGAGAAGUGACCCUAAGACCCGCGAUCUGGCAAACUCCAGUUUCGUGAUAUUCACAAUGAGGAUGGCUUCUGUCUUCUGCUUGUAAUGAUUUAUCAGACUCACAGGCAACUCGAAGCGACGAAUCAUGGGACUGACACAGUUUUUAAGUUUAAAUAAUAACCUUUCUAAUGUAAUAACUGGACAUUUGUUACGGAGACAUCCCUCCGAGAAUACCAAAGUGAUUGAUACCAAUAAACUGCUCCAUGACCAGUGUCACCACCGGGAAUUCUGUGGCUCAGAUAGGAAGUAUUUGGUCUGUGUUGGAGUUUGCUUUAAAGAUAGCAAUCAUAUGCAUGACCACCGGUUCUUGGGCAAAUGUCUACAAACAUGUCCAUGCCUCUCAAUUUGACAGGACAGGCAAAGAAUCGGGACUAGAUAAGUAUCAAUACUAGUGCAUUACACACACAGUGUUUAGUAAGUCUCAGUAUGGAGAUUUACCCAUAUUUAAUGGAUUGUUAUGCUAUUGGUAAUGCUGGUUUUGUGCUGAUAUUAAUUCAUAAUAUGAUGCCACCAAAGAUUAAGGAAAGGAAACCUGUUGCAGAUCCACAACCACCAGGAAGUACAAGUUACACACUCAAAAUGCUCAAGCUCCUCCUGUGGAUUUUACUGCACAUAUCUGUGUUGGAUGACAAAUUAUCAUUGUCUCCAGUAAGCUGCUCUGACACCAGUGGUGACUUAGAUAACUCUAAUUUUGUCAACACACUUCAACAUUUGUUUUAUGGACCAGAAUUACCACAAAAAUGA